AUGUCAGCAUUAUCAGACCUUUACGGUGGAUCUCCCGCUCAUCUGGGCGACCUAAACAAGCAAUACAGCCAUCAACCCUAUCGACCUCCUGACGCAGAGGCCAAGCCAAAGGCCAAAUUAGUCAAGAGCCAUGAUCUCUCCAUCCAAGCACAACUUCCACUCACGGACAAGGACCUCGAUAUUCUUGUUGGACGAGGCCAUAUACUACCGAAGACUGCGGCACAGAUACGAGCUGCUCGACUCCACAAGGCAUUCAACCAAAACAAAGACGUGCCAGCAUCAAGUACGAGUACGAAGAGGUUUUUCGACGCCAGUAUAGAGGAAACGGUGAGCUUCUUUGAACCAACACCUGUGGCGACGGUGCCGCAGGUGUCGAAGCCAGUGCAGAGAGGUCCAAACCUGAAACGGCCGGCUAACUUCAAGUUCAAGGUAAACCCUGACCCGGAGAGGAGCAAGAAACAGCGAAUAAUGGCGGCAGCCGACCUAUCACAGUCGCAUUUAAAGGCUCAGCCACAGGCCCCGCCGAAGAAAAUAGGUAAGGGCCCUCCUCUCCGCGUACAAACCACGGAUCUGCCAGAUCAGAAAGAACUACGGAAGUGUUUAAGAAUGCGCUGA